GUGAAGUCUGAAAUCCGUGUUGCUUUUUUUCUUCCAAAGGAAGCCAUCGAGGCGUUCGUCUCUCUGCGGUCAGUUGUUUACGGAUUGAAACGAUGUUCGGGAGAGUCAGAUCGUCUUCUUCAGUGGAUUCCUUGGAGCGGCCGCCUUCCAAGGUUCUUAAAGAUGACCGUCUCUCCAUCUACGAGACUACCCUAAGGAAGCUUAAACUCGGUUCGCAACUCGACUCAAUCCUACCCACGGCCAAGGAUGAUGCCUUAGAGGAUGGAGAAACCAAUUCUUGCUCGUGUUCGUCGCGCACCGAGGCAAUGAAAACAGAAGCAUGCAACAGUCCAGCAUGUUUUCCAAAGGGUUCUCAUGAGUUAGCCAACCCAACUAAAAAAGAUUUGAUAACUGUAGAUUCAGAUUAUUCGACAAGUACUACUUAUACACAUGAAGCUUCCAGGGAUUGUCAAUCAACAGAACAUUCAACGCAGCAGUGUAGGAUGAAGAACUCUGUUGAGUACCUAUUCUCAAAGUACAAGAAUUCUCAAGGAAUUUCAACAAUCAUGGAGGAGGCGACGACGAUGACUGAGGAUAUUUGUUGUAUGGUUAUGUUACCAAGUUCUAAUGCAUCUCAGUCUAGUGAUAAUAUCAAGCUACAUUCAGAGCAAGAAUCCAUUGGUUCUUCGACUAUAUCAUCGGAAUCGAGUUCUAUAACUAACUUGGUGGCAUGAUCAAACAUUAGCCAUUCCAGAGUCGGUUGCCUCUUUCAAUGUGUAUCUGAACAUAGAGCUAAAUUAUGAGACGACUGAUGUUUCUAAUCCACCACUGUUAUUUGUUCA